UUAUAAAUUCAAAAGUUCAAAUAUUUAUAUCGUGAAUUACAAUUAGCAAUAUUCCAAUGAAUGCUUCCUGUGUUGCAUGCCGGACCCUCGGGUCCGGUAUGGUAGCUAUUUAUAAGCACCCGAAUGGAUUGGAUCAGAUGUUUACGUCCGUCACCGGAGUUGAGGUUGAAGACGAUGAUCAUCUUUGCAUACCGUGUUACGAUGAUCUGAAAGCUGCACACUUGUUUAAACAAAAGGUAAUCGCAAACAACAUCCUUCGGAUAAGUCGUCCGUCAGCAUCAUCCAAAUCCGGUGGCAAUGUUCUUACAAGUCGGACGGGAGAUGCCGACUGCAAAGAGAAUGCACCGCUGCUGAACAAAUCGGCCAAUCCUGUGGAACAAACUUCCAGCGUAGAGAUAUCGACUACUUCCGCUACGGAGGCUGAGAUUUUCGAAGAGCAUUUGAUAAUUCGGUCCGAUGCUUCGGAGGAGGACGAAGAGGACGAUUUGGAAACGCAGGAAGAGAAUGAAGUGAUUGAAGUCAAAAUAGAUCUGGCGGAAUUGCAGUCUGCAAGUGAGAUUAUUGAUUCGCCUAAUGCCAUUCCAGACGAACAAGUCAGCAAUGAGGCUGAUGCUAAAGUAGUUUUACAGCAAUUUAAAAUCGAAGCACCUAACCGGUGCGAAGAAUGUGGAAAGUCCUUUGCUAAGACUGCGAUGCUGCAGAAACAUGUGCGGUCUUGCCAUCAGGCAGAGUCGACGGACGACAGUGAACAACUUGGUCCGGGAUCGCUCGCAUCGUUGCCGGCUGUUCACAAUCUGAUGUGCGAGUAUUGUUUUCAGGAGUUUACAAUUGUGAAGGAAAAAUAUGAACACGAGACGGUUCAUGCGUCGGAAACUAAACCUUACAAGUGCCCUCAGUGCGAUGGCGCAUUUAAGGACAAGGUUGGCCUCCGAAGUCACAUACGUAUUCACUCGGCGGUGAAGCGAUUCAAGUGUCAAUACUGCGAGAUGCGUUUCCAUCAGCGGGGCAACCUGACCGCUCACGAAAGAACCCACGUUGGCUCGAAACCCUACCUGUGUCCACAGUGCGGGAAAGGUUUCGCUGAGAGCGGGAAUCUGAAGAAUCACAUUCGAUACCACACGGGCGAGCGCCCGUACGCGUGUACCGAGUGUCCGAAACGUUUUCGGACGCACUACUCGAGAACGGUUCACUUUCGGUCGCACAACAAUGAUCGGCCGUUUCGGUGUACCGAAUGCGACAAAAGUUUCUAUUCGUCCGGUAAACUUAUCAUCCACCGGCGGGUGCAUAGCGGUGAGAAACCGUACAAAUGUGGCACUUGUCCGGCCAAGUUUGCCGACAGCAGCGGACUGAGGCGCCACUCGAAGACGCAUUAAAACUUUUUUGCUAAAUUGAGUACGAAUAA